GAAGAAUGAUGGGAGUAGCACAAUUUAUUCUCGCCCUCUACUAUACUACACCUCCCUAUGUUACGUUCCAAAUAAUUAAAAAUUAAACACCCAUUCUUUUCUGUCGUCCAUCGCCACCCUCCCGCUGCUCCCCCGUCACAACAAAUAAUCAUUUAGCAUUCAAAUAUACAUAUAAUUCCGUAUAUAUACAUUAACGUACGUACAUACAUUGAGAAAUCGAUCCAAAAUUAGUUAUGGGAGGGUGUGCGUCCAAGCCUAGGGUUCUAAAGGACGAUGACGUCUCAGCCAUGUCUCCGGAGCCGCAAAACAAGGAGGUCUUCGCCGCCACCGAUAGUACGGUGGUCGCCGAAAAGAAGCUGCCGACGGACGCGGAUAGUGCUACCAAGCGCCGUUAUCCCAGCACCGUUUUGACGGAGCUCUCCAAACCAUACAGAGCACCGAUCUAUUUGACUGCACAAAACAGGAAAAGCUCAGAAUUGGUGAAGGAGAAAGCAUGUGAACCAUCCACAAGGAAUACGCCUGAAGUUCAGGAACCUCAACAGCCAAAUUUUAAAGAAGACCAAACACAACAUUCAGUUUUAAUGGACCCCUCUGGCAAACAGUCACAACAAGUGUCUCCAAAAACAGAGAAAUUCCCAUCAGAAGAAUUCAAAACAGCAAUGGAUGAUGAAAAUGUGGCCCAAAACACACUCCUUCCUAAUGAAACCAUCUCGGGGAGGAAACUUGAGGAGAAUGAUGCAGAAAUGAUCACCCUGAUGAAACCAGACUCUAUCACAGAGCAGAAGAAUAGUGAGGAGGAAAAGCCUAAUGAAGAAAACCAUCUGGUGAAUAUCCCAAAACCUGAGACCCCUUCUCAGAAGGAAAAGGAUGAGAAGUCUGCUGAGAUCACUUCAGAACCCGAGGUUCUUUCUGGGGUUUCUGAGAAAACUGAACAGAAGUCCAUAGUAAACAACUCUGCAAAUCUUGAGACACCCCAGCAGAAAACAGAAGAAGAGCAGCCUUCUGAAGAGCCCGCUAAUGAUCACAAUAAAAGUAUUAUGGAGAAAGAAAUUGAGGAAAAACAGGUUAAACACCCUUUGAUGUCUGAGGCACCUUCAGACCAGAAAACAGAACAUAUUUCCACAGAACAAAACACCCCAAACCCUGAUAUUCCUCAACAUGACAAAACUGAACAGAAACCUGUAGAAGAAAACAACUCUGGCAAACCCGAGAAGGGAAUAAAAGAAAAUGUUCCAGAGGGAUAUAAUGAAAAAAUCAGGGAUGAUACUGAGGAAGAAGACACUGAAAUCAUUGGAAGUCUUGAUGUUAACAAAGCAAAAGGGGGGGAAAAGGAGGAGGAGGAGCCUGCAAAACCUUUGGAGAACAGAGAAGCCGCAGAUGGAAAACCAAACGCCCAACAGCAACAACCUGAAACAAUAACGGGGGAAAAGGAAAACACUGCUAUGCUAUUGGAUCAACUUCUCAUGAAGGAAAUGGAAGAGAAGUGGAUAGGAGGGUGAUAAUAGAGUUGUAGAAAUAGAAAAGAUCCAACUAAUUAAUCGAAUGAAAUCGUUGUACAGCUAGGACUCAUAUUUUUGUAGUGUGCAAGCAUCUUUUUCCUGUAAAAUGUAGAUUAUACUACAUUACUACGUAUUAAUUUCAUGUUUCAACUUCUGUAU